AUGAGUAACACCACAGUGCCCAAUGCCACCCAGGCCAAUAGUGACUCCAUGGUGGGCUAUGUGUUGGGGCCUCUCCUCCUCAUCACCCUGGUCGGUGUGGUGGUGGCUGUGGUAAUCUACCACCCCACUGAAGAGCUACACGUGGCUGAGCAGGAGCUGCUCUUUGACAUGGGGGACCCCAAGGUGGCACGUGGCUGGCAGAGGGGCUACCAGCUCAAACAGAUGCCCUUGCUGGAUGUCAGACAUGAUCUGACCUCUUGCCCUGAGCUUUAG